AAAGGGUGUUACUGUAUAUUCAUCAUCACUUUACCCAAAAAAUCAAAUCAUACAUGAACAUGAAUGAUCGUGUUCUUGGCGAACGUUGAUGUCUCUAGAAAUAAUAGCACACUACGAAUUACAAAAGCAACAGAAAAAGCUGAUUAAUCGAUCAAAUUCGGAUCGCCGGAGCGCCGUGGUGGCUUAAUGGCGACGUUGAGACAUUUCGCUUUCACCUUGUUUCUGUCAUUGCUCCUCACAGGCUCAAUAUCCAAUGUCGAGGACGAGCUCAGAUCAAACGGCAUGGAUCACUUAAGCUCCAAGAUCCGCACUCUUGAGAAUCGUAUCGAGGAGAAGAGUCAAGAAAUAAAGGGUAGGGAUGUGUUGAUUGCAGCUAAGGAGAUGACGAUCAAAGAAAAUUCACAGAACAUAGCCUCUUUGGAGAGUGAAAUUGCUUCUCUGCGAGAUAAUAGCAAUUCAAAUGCCGUGGAGCAGCUGGGUAAAGCUAAUGUGCGAGCGAGUGAAUUGGAAAGUCAGGUGGAAAAGUUGAAGAGAGAUCUGGCUAUUCAAAUCAAGGAUAAAGAACAAUUGGAAGCUCGAGCUCAUGAAGUUGGAAAAAUGGCAUCUGAAUUGAAUUCCAAAGCUGACAAGCUCGAGAAGAUUGUUGAUGAACAAAAAACUAAGUUGCGUAAAACAGAGCGUGCUCUUCAAAUAGCCGAGGAAGAAAUGAUGAAGGCAAAGUUUGAGACAACGUCCAAAACUAAGGAGUUGAUGAAGGUUCAUGGUGCUUGGUUUCCACCAUGGAUGGCUCUUCAUUUAACUUAUUGUCAGUCUCUUUUGGAAAAGAAAUGGAAACUGCAUGCAAAACCCGCUCUGGAGCCGUGGAUGCAGAAGGCUUUUGAGAAGAAGGCCCGAGCUGAAGAAUGGGUUGCACCACAUGUCGAAAAAAUGAGAACUGAAUGGUUACCUGCACUGAAGGAGAAGUGGGAUGACAAUGUUGAGCCGCAUGUCCAAAAAUUAACCAAAAAGGCAAUAGAGAUAUAUGAAGUUGUGGAUCCUUAUUUUCAGGGACUAAGGCGAGUGACUAGGCCAUACGUUACUCGGGUGGCCUCUGCAGCAAGACCUCAUGUUAACAGACUACAGGUUGCUGUGGAGCCCUACACGAAGGGGCCAGUCCGUGCAUAUGGGAAAUUCCUUGAGUCCGCGACUACAUACCAUUAUCAGGUUCAAGACAAGGUGCACGAGAAACUUAGAAGCCACGAGCUUACAAAACAUCUAGCAACAAAAGAGCUAGUUUGGUUCGCUGCCUCUGCGCUGCUGGCUCUGCCCGUCGUCUUCCUGUUUAGGAUAUGUUCUAUUGUUUUCUGUGGAAAAAAAUCACGAAAACUUAGUAGAAGAAGUGGUAGCUCGAGGAAUUACUAAGAGUCGAGAAGUAAGAGGUUGAAAUGUUUGGAAGGUGAAGCCCCCACUGCACUACUUUAUUAACUUAAUGCAAGGCAAGUUUUGGUCCAUUUGAACAAAGUACAUUUAUAUAUCAGACGGCCUCGUACAACAAUUCAAUUUUUGGGCAGGGGCGAUUGAUCGAUAUGAGUUUAUCAUAAUCUAAUUUAGUCAUAUAUCCCACUGUGUGUAAUUGUUUUCUUUCAUUUCUUAUGAAUUUAAUGAAAGUUUUUCAUAUAAAAAAUAUACUAUAUUUUAAGUAG